CUCGUCGCAGCAGGAAGAUCACUUCUCCCUUCUUAAAGUUCAGCUCCGCCUUGCCGUUGCCGCGAAAGUCAAACAUCGCCUGGGAGACGCACACGCAGCGACACACACACAAAGAAGAAAUUGCACACGUACGAGUCAGUGAGAGGAGAGAGGAAAGAGAGAGGGGAGAGACGGACACUCAUCACAAAGAGAGAAGGGACGGUGAGAGGAGAUGGCUGGAAAAAUGGUGAUGACAGAUUUGCUGAAAGCUGAGGAGAUCAAGAAGGCUCUUGAUGCCUUUGCAGCAGAAACAUUUGACCCUAAAAAGUUUUUUGAAAUGGUGGGAAUGAGGGCCAUGUCAGCUGAGAACGUCAAGCAGGUCUUCAAGGUUCUGGAUGUGGAUGGUAGCGGUUUCAUAGAGGAGGAAGAGCUCAAGUUUGUACUGAGGGGCUUUUCCAAGGAAGGCAGAGAUCUGACUGAUGCUGAGACAAGAGCUUUCCUCGAGGCCGCAGACAAAGACGGAGACGGCAAGAUUGGCAUUGACGAGUUCGAGGCCUUGGUGCAUGAGUAGGAGCAGCUGGACACCCCCUUCUCUCUGCUCCCUCCCUAUUGUCCUCGCAUUCAUGUUUUGUACCUGCCACCUCCUGUCAUCUCCCUCGGGACCCCCGGCUUGGCCAGAAACAGGCCGAUGGAGAGCAACCAGGAGGAGGAACAUUCAGGCAUCACAUGCACCUGUUCAUUUACCAUGUUGUUGAUCUAUUUAAACACUUAUGCUGUAUGGGUUUCAGAAAUAUUCUUACUGAUUACUGAUGAGGAUAGUUUGUGGUUUCAAAACAGGUGUUGCUAGUGCUGUAUGUGGUGUAGAUGUUAUAAAGACUCCUUAAAUCUUAAUUUCUUUUCUGUGUAAUUCAGGUUGUGUAUUUUGUCUGCUUUUACUUCUAGAUGCUCACAUAUCAGUGCAUUUUGCUCCCACCGACCCUCAUUCACCUUCCUCUGCCUCACCUCCACUCCUCUAUCCCUUCGUCCUCAUCACUCCCUGCCUCCAUCAGAUGAUGUAGAAAAUAUAAUGAUAUAUAUGAAAAGCUGUGAAGACAGAAGAAGACAUCUGAGUAAGAAAUGGUAAUAAAAAAGUGAGUAAGA